AUGAACUUGUUUUUUGGCAAAGCAAAAUCAAAGACAACGGCGAAGGAUUCCAUCGUGAAGCUGCGGGAGACUCUAGCUAUGCUGGAGAAGCGACAAGCUCAUCUCGAAACCAAGGCAGAAAAUGAAUAUAAGAUUGCAAAGCUUAAUGCUACGAAGAAUCGGAGAGUUGCGCUCAUGGCGCUCAAGAAGAAGAAGGCUUACGAUGUGCACAUUGACAAGAUAAAUGGAACCCGCAUGACGAUAGAGACACAAGUAAUGGCCAUCGAGAACGCUAAUGUUAACUUGGAAACAAUGAAUGCUUUGCGUGGCGGUGCCGAAGCCAUGAAAAACAUACAUGGCUCCAUGGAUAUCAACAAAGUCGACGCUACUAUGGAUGAUAUUCGCGACCAAAUGGAUAUUGCAAAUGAAAUAUCAGAUGCUAUUUCAAGACCAGUUCUAGGAGAUGAACUAGAUGAGGACGAACUUCUGAAUGAAUUGGAGGAACUAGAGCAAGAAGAACUGGAUGCCAAGAUGUUGGAGGCACCUACACCAGCAAUGAGUGUUCCAAAUGUCCCAUCUCAUGAGCCAGCUGUACGUACCAAUACAUCAGUGGAGGAUGAUGAAGAGGCAGAACUUAAGGCUUUGCAGGCCAGCAUGGCAAUGUAA